AUGGAACAACUAACUACAGCUCCAGUUCUAUCAACUCCAGAAGUGCAUAUAUUUGAAGAUCCCACACCUUUGGCCAAAAAGAAUGAUCUCCCGAAACUUUCAGAUGAAGACUUAUACAAUGUUUACGAGAUCUCGCGGACGGUGAAAGAGAUCCGAGAAGGAGGAUGGAAGAAAAUCGCUUUACAGUUUUCGGAUGGCAUGUUGGGAGAUGCACCGAGAGUCUUUCAAGAACUGGAGCAACGACUUCGGCAACUACCUACGGAACCAACUUCGAGUGAACCCCCGAAGAACGAAGGUUCAAAUCUAGAAACAGACUUUAGCAACCCAUCAGCGAACUCUGCGACCUCAAGUCUCCGACAUAAAUUAUACAUAUUGGCAGAUACUUCUUACGGCUCUUGCUGUGUCGAUGAAAUCGCCGCUGAACAUGUCGAUGCGCAGGUAGUCGUACACUAUGGUCGCGCUUGUCUAUCUCCCACUGCACGAUUACCUGUGAUCUACGUCUUCACAUCUCGACCCCUAGAACUCGAGUCUGUCGUCCAAUCAUUUGAAAAUACAUACAAGGAGAAGGAUGGCAAAGUUAUUAUUAUGGCCGACAUUACCUAUCAUUCGCAUAUCUCGUCACUACUUGCCCAAUUACGAGAUCGAGGCUAUGAAAACAUACUUGCGCCAGAAAUCGCACACGAUCCCAGUGCUACAAUACCGAAUCGCAAACUGGAUGGAGGGGUGGAUAUGAAGGAUUAUAGUUUAUUUCACAUUAGCGAGCCCCCAUCUGCGUUACUACUUACUUUGUCAAGCAGAGUUAAGGAUAUGCAUAUUUAUUCUACAGAUCCCACGACAGGAAACGAAACGACGAAAACCAAUACGGCACGAGCUCUCAUGCGAAGAUAUGCUUUACUUACAUCACUGUCUUCCUGUCCUGUGUUUGGGAUCCUGAUAAACACUCUAAGUGUAACGAAUUAUUUACCUACGGUCAAUACGCUGGCCUCACUUAUACGAUCAAAGGGGAAGAAAUCAUACACGUUUGUGGUAGGCAAGGUCAAUGCUGCGAAGUUGGCAAAUUUUAGUGAAAUCGAAGGUUGGGUGGUGGUUGGAUGUUGGGAAAGUAGUUUGGUGGAGGGUGAAGCAUUAUUCAAGCCGGUUAUUACACCCUUCGAACUGGCAUUGGCUUUGCAGAGUGAUGAUGAACGAGUCUGGGGUGGUGAUUGGGUUGCAGAUUUCAAUGCAUUGAAUCUGCAAGCUGCCACCUCUCCUGUUUAUUUUGCAGAACCGGCGAAGUCAGAUGCCGUCGAGGAACCGGAGAACAAAAACGCUACUGGGGAUGCAGAAGACUCCGAGGAAGAAUCGAUGCCUCCCGAAUUCGAUCUUCGAACUGGCCGAUAUGUUUCGCAUUCUCGACCUGUGCGCUCCUCCCAGACAACUUCGUCAGAGCCUAAGAAAGAGUUGGAGAACGGUUUACAGCGCAGUGCAUCAAACAAACUGGUCAAGAGAGCAAAAAUGGAAUUGGCAACGGUCAAUGGGGAGUUUAGCCCUGGCGCGGAAUAUUUAAGGGAGAAGAGGACCUGGACGGGGCUAGGUAGUGAUUACGAUAAAGAGGCGAUUGACGAGGGCAGAGAAAGAGAAGUAGCUGCGAUCGUUGAAGAAGGGAGAAGUGGUGUAGCAAGAGGAUAUACGGUUGGUGAGGAUGCCUCAAGGAGUUGA